CACCACCGAAGCGCAGGCGCAACGGUGCGGCGGUUUAGGAAUUGGGGAAUGGAGGAUUUCGGCGCGCUGCGUUUUUGUUGUCAGUAGCAAGGUUGGAGGUGGAAGAUUGAUAUGAAUCAUGGAUGACGUAGAAGAGGAUUAUAUGUCUGAUUCCUUUAUUAAUCAGGACAUCAGGCCAGGAAUGCCGAUGUUGAGGCGUGUGAAGGAAACUUUUAAAAAAGAGGAAAAAGUAAAAGAAGCUAACCAGAAAAGUAGGCAAAAGAGCAUCAAAGAACAAGAAAAAGAGCAACGUGAAAUGUUUCUAAAUGUUGCUUUGGGGAAUGAAAAUAAAGGUUUUGCUAUGCUCCAGAAGAUGGGGUACAAAAGUGGCCAGCCUCUUGGCAAAAGUGGAAAGGGGAUAGUUGAGCCGAUUCCUCUGAAUAUUACCACAGGAAGAAGUGGGCUUGGCCAUGAAGAAUUACAAAAACGAAAAGCUGAGGAAAAGCUGGAAAACUACAGAAAAAAAAUGCAUGUGAAAAAACAGGUGGAAAAGCAGACAACUGAGCUCUUCAAAAUGAGAUUGAAAACCAAGCAGGAGCAACUGCAAGUAAAACGGGACCUCGAGAAAAGUCAGAAAGCCUGCCAACAGUUAGAUACACAGAAAGGCCUUGAAGUCCCCAAGGAGGAUUGGUAUUGGUUAAAGACAAAGACUGAAGAAGACAAAGAUGAAGAAGAGGAGGAGGAGGAGGAGGAGGAAGAUGAACUCAAUGAAUCAAAAAAGUUAAUCAGUUUAACAACUUAUUUAAGAGAGGAGUAUCUCUAUUGCAUCUGGUGCGGAACAGCCUACCAAGAUCAAGAAGAUCUAUCUUCAAAUUGCCCUGGGACCACAUAUACAGAUCAUGAAUAAAUCUAUAAAAAUUCAAAACGAUAGCAAAAUUUUGUAGUUUCAAUGAAAAGCAGAGCUGUGAACUAUGUUGUUCUCUAUUUUUCAUUGAGCAAAUUGGUCGUUUCUCAAUGCUCUAUGUUUGGGUAUAAAAUGGGUUUUCUGCUCUAUUUAAAAAUUAUUUGGAAUAGGAACUAAUUUGUUAUUUUACCAAGUUAUUGUUUUUUUUAAAUGCUAUG